AUGACACGCGAAAUGCACGCCAUCCUCGCCGGGAUCCCGCAGUCCCUCCGGCCCGCGCUGCUGAUCGCCUCGACGUGCGCGUUGCUCCUCCUCGCCACCGCGCUGCUCCCUCCGCGCGCCCCUCCCCCGGCGCCGCUGCUGACCACUGACGCCGCCGCCGACGCAGUCCGCCUCGACGCGUGCGUCACCCGAAGGAACGGCAACGAGGUGCUGUGGCAGCUACCGCCCCCGUCGUCGCCGCUGCGAGCCGCGUUGUUCGCGGCGCCCGGGUGCACCAUCCGCGCCACCGACUUCUUCGACGCCUCCCCGGGCUGCCCGCGCUGCACGGGGCUCCCCGAGGAGCGCCGCUUCACCCGCGCCGCGCUCAGCCGCGGGUACGCCGUCCUCGCCGUCUCCAGCCGCGCCGAGUGCUGGUCCCUCGACGACGCCGGCGGCGGGGACGGGGAGGAUGGCAGCGAGCUCGCUGCCGUCCAGUCCAUCAUCAAGUGGUGGACUACAGAGAAGUACCCUCAGCUCGCGGGCCUCCCGCUCGUCGGCAUCGGCGCGUCCUCGGGCGGGUACUUCCUCUCCGCGCUCGCGGCCAGGGUUAAGUUCAGCAGCGGCGUCGUCAUGAUCGCGGAGGGCGUGUACGGGGCCAUGGCCGAGAUCCCCACCGGGUAUCCGCCGGCGCUGUUCGUGCACAUGCCCAAGGACACCGAGAGGGCGCAGUUGGUUGCGGACAGCAUGGGCAGGCUCAGGGAGAAGCACGUCGACGUGCGGGAGAUCCGGUGCGAUGACUUCGCCGUGAGCGCGGAGUUCCUGGCGGGGAGGGUGCCGGGGCUGACCCGGGCCUUCGCCGACGCGCUGGUGGACGUGCUUCGCCGGAAGGGAUUCGUGGAUGAGAAGGGGUUCCUCAAGAAGGACGGGAGGAGAACACCGUGGAAGGAGGCGGCUGAGGUGGCCAAGGUGUUGCCUGAGGGGUUCGGUCUGGAGAGGCAUGUCACCGAGGAGCUCAAUGUUGCCUAUGCGUACCAUGAGUUCACCAGCCUGAAGAAUACUGAAAUUUUCCAAUGGUUUGAGUCCCAUAUGAAUCAUUAG